GUGGCGACAGGAGACAGUAUACCCGUGGCACCGCUAGCUGGAGCUACCAUGGCACUUUCCUUGGCAUCUUUGCUGAGUGUGGCCCUCGCGCUGAUGCUGGGCCAGGGAGCAUCCUCUGAUCUCAGCGUUUUGUCACCUUCGGCGUCUCCUCCUCCCUCUCCUCCUGUUCCUUUAUCUCAUUCUCCAGUUCCUUUAUCUCAUUCUCCUCUUCCUUUGCCUCCUUCUCUUUCUCUUCCUCUGCCUCCUUCUCCUUCCCUCCCUCUGCCUCCUUCUCCUUCCCUCCCUUUGCCUCCUUCUCCUUCCCUCCCUCUGCCUCCUCCUCCUCCUCUUCUUCCUGUUUCUACGCACACUGCCUACCACGACUCAGCCAUUGCGUUAAACCAGGUGACUUUGGUGAAAAUCCUGCAGGAAAUGAAGGAUCUGGUCCUCCUUUCUCGGGAUACCGGACACCUCGGCGAAGGUGUACCUGGCGUCCCUCAUCCACCUCAAGUGAGUCACCUGAAUCACCUGGCCACCAUCGCUCAAGGAAUUCAGUACAUGUCCGCCAGUGUCGACAGCUUAACUCAUGUCUUGUCUUCAGCCAUCCUGCAUGUGAAUCGUGACACGGAAGUAAGUGAAAGCCCCUCGAAGAUCCUCGAAGGAAGCCCCCAUGUCUGGGAUCCUUCUUCGACGCGAGCAAACGGACCGGAGGACUUGUGGAGGAGAGAGGAGAUCCUCAACCUCGAGAGGAAGAACGAGGAGACGAGAGAGAAAAUUCGAGCGGGCGAGGAGCCAGGCUGGCGGGAGGGCUUCGGCGCUCGCCUGCAGGAUGUGGAUGCUCUGAAACACGCCGUCGCUGACGCCCUGAGGGAGAAACAAGCCUCAGGACGCCAGCAUAGAAAUGCGCGAGAGGACUCCCGGCUGACGUUCACGCGACAGCAGGAAGCCAGACUUAGAGAGUACAGAGAAAAGGGUCCAACUGUAAGAGAAUAUUGCCGUUCUAAACGCGCCCAGAAAGCGGAAAUUGACGAGGAAGUAGCAAGGACGACACAGGACGAGCCCGAUCUUCUGCAAAUCUCAGAAGUGCCACAGACGGACUCCCUCGCCGUCACCCACCCGCCGAGGGGCCAAGUCCUCUCCUCGACCGAGCAGAAGGACGGUGAUUCCGCGCAAGUUUUCCUCCCACGCGGCCUCGAACCCCAAGCCCACCGGCGGAAUUCGAGAACGAGGCGGUGUCCCAGCUGGAAUUCCAGCGGACGACGAGCGACUUCUGAAGUCAAGCUGGAGCAAGGGAGAAUCGAGAGCCCAACCUGA